ACUUUCAAACUAUCUGACGUAUCGUAUCUGACACAAAUUUAGCGAAAAAUUAAAUAAUUUACUAUCCAUGGAUAUUUUAUUAUAAUAUUUAAUCUUUUUAGCAAAAUUACUUGUAAAAUAAAUUAGUUAACGCAAUGGCUGAGAAAAAGAACGAGACUUCGGCGAGUGUAGAGUCAGAUCGGCGGUUGCUGCCGUUUGACACGUAUGAGGACUAUCUGGACUCUCUCAUUGAAAUAGAGGAUCUCAGGAAUCUGCGGAGUAUCAAGUCUGCUCGGACUAUCGCUGAACUUGGUUACAGAGCAAGAGGAGACACUCUAACAGAGAAGGAGUUCUACAAACGGCGAGCAGUGAUCCAAGAGGUGGUGUUUCCAACAGUCAGACCUUACGUGUUGGUGAGCGAGGGCGCUGACCUUGAGGACCCCUUCAACAGAGAGCUGGCGAUCCGAGAGAGAGCUAACAGAGUUGGAAUACUUCAAUCGAUAAUCUUCUUACGACACUUCACACGUGGUGGUUUCGAAAUCUCUGGCUACAUAGACUACGCUCACCGGCUGCUUACGGAGAAUUGGAGGCCGUUCUUCAGGCAAGGACGACCUCUGUGGCCGAGAGACAGUGACCUUGGCUACUACCACUGGCGACAUGGCACCGUCCGGAGUAAUAUCAGUAGGAAUUAUAAGCCAAUCAUGGAUCCAGAUCGAGGUUUGAUGUUCCAAAAUCGUCAUGACCACAAGAUCAUUUGCCCGGACCCCGACGAGGACCCUGGCCAGAAUACGAUGAAGCAGCGUGUCCACUCCGACAGAUAUACGCAGAUCGAGAUCUAUGACCAUGUGGUCAGAAAGAGGAGCUAAGCUGAUGAUGGUAAUAAUUUAAAUAGUACUACUGGAUUUGAAAUUCACGAGGGCCAUGAUAAUGAUGAAAAUAAAUAAAAUGCACACUACAUGUUUUUUAAAUAUUUAUUGCGUGUUUCACACCACGACGAAACAUGUGUCAUGUGUUUUAGUCUUUCCAUUU